UAAUGGUCCAGCAGUCUUCUGGGACCUGUCACGUGUCUGCAGUCUCUGGCCAUCUCCUGUGCUGCUACGCCCGCAGUCUCUGGCCAUCUCCUGUGCUACGUCCGCAGUCUCUGGCCAUCUCCUGUGCUACGUCCGCAGUCUCUGGCCAUCUCCUGUGCUACGUCCUGUGCUACGUCCGCAGUCUCUGGCCAUCUCCUGUGCUACGUCCGCAGUCUCUGGCCAUCUCCUGUACUACGUCCACAGUCUCUGGCCAUCCCCUGUACUACGUCCGCAGUCUCUGGUCAUCCCCUGUACUACGUCCGCAGUCUCUGGCCAUCUCCUAUACUACGUAUGCAGUCUCUGGCCAUCUCCUGUACUGUGUCCGCAGUCUCUGGUCAUCUCCUGUACUGUGUCCGCAGUCUCUGGUCAUCUCCUGUACUGUCCGCAGUCUAUGGUCAUCUCCUGUAGUAUGUCCGCAGUCUCUGGUCAUCUGUACUGUACUGUAUGCAGUCUCUGGUCAUCCCCUGUACUAUGUCUGGUCAUCCCCUGUA